AUGACGUGCACAGCGGAGUCGGAGCAGGGGGAGCACUGGUUCAAGAUCUCCGAUUACAGCAUUCACAGGGGCAUGGGCGUCGGCUGCUACAUCGAGUCGUCCUGGUUCACCAUUGGCGGCCAUUACUGGCGCCUUCACUAUUACCCGGACGGAUAUUCGGAAGAUGGCAAGGGCGAUAUGGUGGUCGGUCUGGAGCUGAUGGAGCUGUGUGGGAAGGAAUUCCCGUCGCGGGUAUCCUCCACAAUCAGCUUGUUCUACUGGGCAACCAAGCGGUUUUCUCUUUCUUCGUCGGUGGCCAUGUCGGCCAAUCUUCGCGAUCUGAGCCACUUUGUCACGCACAACAUAAACAGGGGCAAGAUGGAAGCAUCAGAAUAUAUUGUUGAUGACCGUCUCACUAUCAAAUGCAUCGUGACCAUCAUCAAGGAGCCAUAUGUUUUCGAGGCGGAGGCCCAGGUGCCGGUGCCACCGUCGGAAAUCACGGACCAACUCGGGAAGCUGCCAGAGGCAAAGGAGGGCGCCGAUGUGACAUUCGAGGUUCAAGGAGAGGAAUUCCCGGCCCACAAGCUCGUGCUGGUGGUGCGGUCUCCGGUUUUCAAGGCCAUGCUCUACGGGCCGAUGAUGGAGAAGGAUUCAAGCCGCAUCGUCAUUGCCAACAUGCAACCCGUUGUCUUCAAGUUUCUGCUCUACUUCAUUUAUAACGAUUCGUUGCCUGACGACGACGACGACUUGCUGGAUGGAGACGAUAAGAAAAAGGUGACCAGACACCUACUCGUGGCUGCGGAUCGCUAUGGCAUGGAAAGAUUGAAGCUUAUGUGCGAAAUCAUCCUCUGCAAACACCUCGAUGCCGAGUCUGUUGCAACUACAUUGGCUUUGGCCAAUCAACAUACUCGUUCUGGGCUACAAGAUGCUUGCAUUCGAUUUAUUGCAUCAUCAUCUACUAAAAUGUUAGAUGAUGUGGUGGCAAGCGGAGGGUACAAAUCGUCUCAAAAGAACUUGUUCAGAUACCAUAAUGGAGAUGUGGGAAAAAGCAAGUAG